GCCACCCACACAAGAGGCGCCAUGUAUACAGCCACCACAGAUCUGGAAAAGAUAUUGGUGAACAGUAAAACACUUGGAAUCCCAGCUAUAUUUAUCGACAAAACACUCUACCACCUCUCCUUAGGUAGGUAAAUCACCACUUCCAAAUUUGUUGAAUUUUCCUAUCGUUGUAGACACAGACCAGACAGAAAAGACAACCCCCACCUGAACCUGACAGCAACUGUACUUUUCGUAGAUAUCAUCAAAAGAAUCAGAACAGAAACAAAAAGCUGUUGUGAUCAGUCAUGGGGGCAGUGAAGGCAGCUAUUGGGGAUGCAGUGUUCACUUUCAUGUGGGUGUUUGUGUCUUCCAUGUUUGGUUUGUUUACAAACGUGAUAGUUACUGCUCUUGGCCUUCAAACCCUUGUCUGGGCUCCUGUGCUUGCUAAUGCUUCUCUUAUCUUCGCCUUUGUUUUCUUGUUUAACUUUCUUGGUGAAUUCUUAGGUGGUGCCACUUUUAAUCCAACUGGUACUGCUUCUUUUUAUGCUGCCGGGGUUGGUGGAGAUAGUCUCUUCUCCAUGGCCCUCAGAUUUCCUGCUCAGGCAGCAGGGUCUGUGGGAGGUUCACUGGCUAUCUUGGAGGUGAUGCCAUUGCAGUACAAGCACAUGCUUGGGGGGCCUACUUUGCAGGUGGACUUGCAAACUGGAGGCCUUGCUGAGGGGGUUUUGACUUUUUUAAUGACUUUUGCGGUUCUAGUAAUUAUCCUUAAGGGCCCUCGUAGCUCACUGGUGCAGGCAUGGUUUCUUGCCACUGUGACUGUAACAUUGGUCAGCGCAGGUUCUACUUAUACCGGUCCUUCCAUGAAUCCUGCAUUUGCCUUUGGGUGGGCAUAUGUAAACAAAUGGCACAACACAUGGGAGCAGUUGUAUGUUUAUUGGAUCUGCCCCUUCAUAGGAGCGAUAUUGGCUGCCUGGGUGUUCCGCGUCGUCUUCCCUCCGCCAGCACCAAAACAGAAGAAAACCUAAAAUGACAUAGCUCAUGAGCUCAGCUCAUUCUUGUUUUGAAUUGCUUGAUAAGUCGAGAGGUGUCGAUUACUGUAAAAACUCUUACCAUUUCAUUUGAUCAGUCAUGAUAAGCCAUUUUUGGCCAUUUCUUCUUGCCA